CGCACACAUCCACUUGCUGUCAUCUGCGAGCCAGCGUGCACCGAUCCUCCCACACUCGCUCCCAUUCACUCACGAACCCCCCCCCCCUGAAUAAAAAAGGAAAAGGAGGAGGAGGAAGAAAAGAAGAAAAGAAGAAGAAGAGGGGUCUUUAUUCAACCACAGAGACGGAUGGAAAAGAGCGAAAUAAACGGACACGCGAUGCCCGGCUCCUUUUCCACCGAUCAGAUGCUGGAGGUGGAGAAGAGCGAGAACGAGAAGGACGAGAAGAAGAAGAAGAAGAAGGGAUGGAAGGAAAAGUUCUUGGCGCUUUUGAAUCGGAACCUUCUGGUGAUCAUGACGGUGUCGGGCGUGUUGGUGGGCGUCGGGCUCGGCAUGGCGGUCCGGAACAUGAACCUGACCCGGGCGCAGAUGACUUACUUCGCCUUCCCCGGUGAGAUGCUGCUGAGGAUGCUGAAGAUGAUCAUCCUCCCCCUGGUCGUCUGCAGCCUCGUCUCCGGGGCCGCCAGCCUGGACACCCGCUCCUUGGGCAAGCUCGGGGGGGUGGCGGUCUCCUACUUUUUGGUGACCACCCUGAUCGCCUCCGGCAUCGGCGUGGCGCUGGCCUUCAUCAUCCGACCCGGCGUGGGUGCAGGAGCGCUGAACACCAACGGCCUCACCGCGGGGCUGGAGAGCAUCAGCGCCGACAAGGAGACCGCCGACUCCUUCUUGGACCUCGCGAGGAAUUUGUUCCCGUCUAAUUUGGUGGCUGCUGCUUUCCGCUCCUACGCCACUGACUACAAGAUGGUGCCGGUGGGAAACGACACGAACGGGACCACCCUGUUUCAGAAGGUGCCCAUAGGAAAAGAGACAGAUGGCAUGAACAUCCUUGGCCUGGUCUUGUUCGCCAUGGUGUUCGGCGUGGCGCUGAGGAAGCUGGGAGACGAGGGGGAGGAGCUCAUACGCUUCUUCAACGCCUUCAACGAGGCCACCAUGGUGCUGGUCUCCUGGAUCAUGUGGUAUGUCCCCUUUGGCAUCAUGUUCCUGGUGGGCAGUAAGAUCGUCGAGAUGGAGGACGUCGUUCUUUUGGUCACCAGUCUGGGAAAGUACAUUUUCGCCUCCAUCCUGGGUCACAUAAUCCACGGCGGCAUCAUCCUGCCCCUCAUCUACUUUGGUUUCACCCGCAAGAAUCCCUUCAGCUUCCUGUCCGGCCUCAUCACACCCUUCACCACCGCUUUUGCCACCUGCUCCAGCUCAGCGACUCUCCCCUCCAUGAUCAAGUGUGUUGAGGAGAAUAACGGCGUGGACAAACGUAUCAGCCGCUUCAUUCUGCCCAUCGGGGCCACUGUCAACAUGGACGGGGCAGCCAUCUUCCAGUGCGUCGCUGCCGUGUUCAUAGCUCAGCUCAACAACGCCGAGCUCAACGCCGGGCAGAUCUUCACCAUCCUAGUGACGGCCACGGCAUCCAGCGUGGGUGCGGCUGGUAUCCCGGCCGGGGGCAUCAUCACCAUCGCCAUCAUCCUGGAGGCCAUCGGCCUGCCGACCAACGACCUGUCCCUCAUGCUGGCUGUUGACUGGAUUGUAGACCGCACAACCACGGUGGUGAAUGUGGAGGGUGACGCUCUGGGCGCAGGCAUCCUCCAUCACAUUAACCAGCAGGAGAUGAAGAAACAGCAGCUGCGGGAGACGCGGGAGCAGGAGCUGGCGGAGGUGCGAGUGGAGGCGAUCACCAACGCCCAGGCCGGCGAGUAGACCUCGCCACUCGUCGUGCACCAAACAGAAGCAGUGGCAGCGACCCCGGUGGCCAUAAAGUCGGUCCCGUGAGCGCUGUCCAAAAAAAAAAUCCUCUCUACUCCACCUGCCCCUUAUUGCUUUUUUACAGACGUCAUGACGCCGAUGGUUUCGGAUACUGUGUUGACUCAGCCUACGUUCACCCCGCCAGUCCACCGGUCAUUUCACUUAUGAAGAAAUGGGCCCCCUGCGCGACCUUGUCAGGAGCGCUACGUACACACGUGUGUAGGUGCACGUAGAGCCGCUGUAGGUACUUUGAAACAGGUCUGGGUGGCCAAGGCCCCGUUUCAGUGAGAGGAUCCAAAUUCACAUCCAGUCCAAAAGGGAACAAUUUUCUCUUUGGAUUGAACUUGUGUUUUACAACCUGCGCCCAGAGUCCUGUUUGUUGUCUGUAAACAGACAACGUGAAACAUUAACCCUUCAUCCCAAUUUUAGACACUGGCCUCGAGAAGCCCGUUUAAUUAGUGACAUACCGGCUCAUGGUGGUCUUACUUAAGUAAUUUAAUUAUUAAUAGGAAAUAAGAUGUUUGCAAGUAAACACAUUCUGUGUCAGUUUAGGAGUUUCCGUUCACAGGCAUGGGAUGAGGACAUAAAUAGGAAUAUUUGAUGAAGCUAUGCACACUCCAUUUACUCAUGUACAGGUGGUCCCCGGGUUACGAAUGAGUUCUGUUUUUGAGUCCGUUCUUAUGUCGAAUUUUUAUGUAAGCCGGAACAGUUACCUACAGCUCACAUCUAGCGUCAAUUAGUCAAAUGUUUGUCUCAGUGUAUAGUAUAUAUUUUACCUAAAACAUCAUAAAUAGGGUGGCACGGUGGCGCAGUAGUUAGUGCGGUCGCCUCACAGCAAAAAGGUUCUGGGUUCGAGCCCCGGGGUAGUCCAACCCUGGGGUCGUCCCAGGUCGUCCUCUGUGUGGAGUUUGCAUGUUCUCCCCGUGUCUGUGUGGGUUUCCUCCGGGUGCUCCGGUUUCCUCCCACAGUCCAAAAGAUAUGUAGGUCAGGUGAU